AUGCAUCAUCACGGUUCUACGAGUAAAUUCACAAGAACACAGAAGAUUAAUGACCAAGCUUUCGAUUUGGACAAGUUUUCACUACCAAUGAAACGUUCAUCAUCUACGCUGCCAUCUACAACCGCUCCACAAUUCAAACCCCGGAGCAGUACGACAUCUUCAAUUGGGCAAGAGCCUACCAAAUUGACACCGCUCCAAUCUCCUCAGAAGCCACACUCCACAGAAGCUAAAAAGGAACAAGAAGAAAAAACAGGAAUCACCCCCUAUCCAGAAUUCCUGUUCAAAAACGACGAAGCAAUCAGAAGAUUCCAAGCCACAUGCCACACCCUCGACGAAGAGGAAAGAGAGGGAAUCAAAAAGUGGCAAGGAGAAAGAAAGCCCAAUCCAGGAUAUCAAGCCCUUGGAACCUGGGUAUACGUCGACGACGAAGACGGAUGGGUGUUCAGAACUAUCGAACAACAACUCAAAAAGCCCACCAUCACUGAAGAGGAAGUCACUUGGGCAUACUCUGGCUCCCGAA